AUGUACCUUUCCAUUUGUUGCUUCUUUCUCUGCUGGGCUCCUGCCCUGUCGCUAAAGAACCUGAAUUACUCGGUGCCCGAGGAGCAGGGAGCGGGCACAGUGAUCGGGAACAUUGGCCGCGAUGCGCGACUGGCGGCAGGUGCGGCAGGAGGCGGGAUGGUGCCCAUGGAGCGCGGUGGCCCUGGCGGCGGCCGUGGCCCCAAAUCCACCUUCCGAGUGCUGGAGAACUCGGCCCCUCACCUCCUGGACGUGGAUGGGGAGAGCGGGCUGCUCUACACCAAGCAGCGCAUCGACCGCGAGGCACUCUGCCGGCGCAGCACCAAGUGUCAGCUGUCCCUCGAGGUGUUUGCCAAUGACCAGGAAAUCUGCAUGAUCAAAGUAGAGAUCCAGGACCUGAAUGACAAUGCACCAGCGUUCCCCUCUGACCAAGUGGACAUGGACAUCUCAGAAAAUGCUGCACCAGGCACCCGCUUCCCCCUCACCAGCGCCCAUGACCCAGACGCCGGAGACAACGGGCUGCGCACCUACCUGCUCACCCGUGACGACUAUGGCCUCUUCUCCCUUGAUGUGAAGUCCCGUGGUGAUGGCACAAAAUUUCCAGAGCUGGUAAUCCAGAAGCCAUUAGACCGUGAGGAGCAGAGCCACCACACCCUGGUGCUGACAGCACUGGAUGGCGGUGACCCACCACGCUCUGGCACUGUGCAGAUCAACGUGCGCCUCAUUGACUCCAAUGACAACAGCCCUGUCUUUGAGGCAGCCUCCUACGUGGUAGAGCUGCCAGAGAAUGCACCACUGGGCACUGCUGUCAUCGACCUUAAUGCCACCGAUGCUGAUGAGGGUACCAAUGGAGAGGUGCUCUACUCCUUCAGUGGCUAUGCACCCGAGCGCGUCCGUGACCUGUUUAGCAUCGAUCCACAGAGUGGCCUCAUCCGUGUCAAGGGCAAUCUGGACUAUGAGGAGAAUGGCCUCAUUGAGAUCGAUGUUCAGGCUCGGGACCUGGGGCCAAAUCCCAUCCCUGCUCACUGCAAGGUCACUGUCCGCCUCAUCGACCGCAAUGACAAUGCACCCACCAUUGGCUUUGUCUCCGUUCGCCAGGGAGCACUGAGUGAGGCUGCCCCACCGGGCACUGUCAUUGCCCUGGUGCGGGUCACUGAUCGUGAUUCAGGCAAGAAUGGACAGCUCCAGUGCCGGGUGCUGGGUGGUGGCGGUGGGCCUGGAGCCGUCCCUUUCACCCUGGAAGAGAACUAUGACAACUUCUACACUGUGGUCACUGACCGGCCCCUGGACCGUGAAGCACAGGAUGAGUACAAUGUGACCAUUGUGGCACGUGAUGGGGGCAACCCCCCACUCAACUCCACCAAAUCGUUUUCUGUCCGGAUCCUUGAUGAGAAUGACAACCCACCCCGCUUCAGCAAGAACCUCUAUGUGUUACAAGUGCCCGAGAACAAUAUCCCCGGAGAGUACCUGGGCUCUGUUUUGGCCCAGGACCCUGACCUGGGCCAAAAUGGGACAGUCUCUUACUCCAUUCUGCCUGGGCAUGUGGGUGAUGUCUCUAUCUACACCUAUGUCUCUGUUAACCCCACCAAUGGUGCUAUCUAUGCCCUGAGGAGCUUCAACUAUGAGCAGACAAAGCACUUUGAGUUUCGUGUGCUGGCCAAAGACUCGGGUUCACCCCAUCGUGAAAGCAACGCCACUGUGCGUGUCACUGUGCUUGAUGUCAAUGACAAUGCACCCCUCAUUGUCCUGCCUGCCCUCAUCAAUGACACCGCUGAGCUCCAGGUGCCACGCAACGCUGGGGUGGGCUACCCUGUGGGCACCGUCCGUGCCCUGGACAGUGACUUUGGGGAGAGCGGGCGCCUCACAUAUGAGAUCGUAGAAGGGAAUGAGGAGCACCUCUUUGAGAUGGACCCUACUAGUGGUGAGAUACGCACCUUGCACCCCUACUGGGAAGAGCUCAGCCCUGUGGCUGAACUGGUGGUAAAAGUCAGUGACCAUGGCAAGCCCAGCCUCUCUGCAGUGGCCAAGCUCAUUGUUAGGGCCUUGGCAGGGCCCCUGCCUGAGGCUGGCGGGCCGCCGGUGAAUGGUGAGCAGCAUCGGCGACCACACUGGGACUUGUCACUGCCCCUGAUUGUGACGCUGAGCACUGUCUCCAUCAUUUUGCUGGCUGCCAUGAUCACUAUUGCUGUGAAGUGCAAGCGAGAGAACAAGGAGAUCCGCACCUAUAAUUGUCGCAUUGCUGAGUAUAGCCACCCUCAGCUGGGAGGAGGGGGAGGCAGUGGCGGGGGAGGAGGAGGCAGUGGCAGUGGAGGGGGUAAGGGCAAGAAGAAGAAGAUCAGCAAGAAUGACAUUAUGCUGGUGCCCAGUGAAGGCGAGGACAGCCGGGGCCCCCUCAAUGUCAUGAACGUGGUGAGCAGCCCAUCCUUGGCCACUUCACCCAUGUACUUUGACUACCAGACCCGCCUGCCCCUCAGCUCUCCCAGGUCUGAGGUGAUGUACCUGAAGCCUGCCUCCAACAACCUGACUGUACCCCAGGGACAUGUGGGCUGCCAUACCAGCUUCACAGGGCAAGGGACUAACGCCAGCGAGGCUCCCCCGAGCCGGAUGUCCAUAAUUCAGACAGACAAUUUUCCCGCAGAGCCCAAUUACAUGGGCAGCAGGCAGCAGUUUGUUCAAAGUAGCUCCACAUUCAAGGAUCCAGAAAGAGCCAGCUUGAGGGACAGCGGGCAUGGGGACAGUGAUCAGGCUGACAGUGACCAAGACACUAACAAAGGCUCCUGCUGUGACAUGUCUGUUAGGGAGGCACUCAAGAUGAAAACUACUUCAACUAAAAGCCAGCCACUUGAACAAGAGCAAGAAGAAUGUGUUAACUGCACAGAUGAAUGCAGAGUGCUUGGUCAUUCUGACAGGUGUUGGAUGCCACAGUUCCCUGCAGCCAGUCAGGCUGAGAAUGCAGAUUAUCGCACAAAUCUCUUUGUACCCACAGUUGAAGCUAAUGUUGAGACUGAGACAUACGAAACUGUGAAUCCCACUGGGAAAAAGACUUUUUGUACAUUUGGGAAAGACAAGAGAGAGCACACUAUUCUCAUUGCCAAUGUUAAACCUUACUUAAAAGCCAAACGUGCCCUGAGUCCUCUGCUUCAGGAGGUUCCCUCAGCAUCGAGCAGCCCAACCAAGACAUGCAUUGAGCCUUGCACCUCAACAAAAGGACCACUGGAUGGUUGUGAAGUGAAAUCAGGAGCCUUGGCUGAAUCAAGCAGCCAGUACUUGUCAACUGACAGUCAGUAUCUAUCGCCCAGUAAACAGUCAAAAGACGCUCCCUUCAUUGCGUCAGAUCAGAUGGCUAGGGCCUUUGCAGAUGUGCAUUCCCGAGUGAGCCGAGACUCAAGUGAGAUGGACUCUGUUCUGGAGCAGUUAGACCGUUCAGCCCGGGAUCUAGGCAGGGAGUCGGUGGAUGCCGAGGAAGUUGUGAGAGAAAUAGACAAGCUCUUGCAGGACUGUCGGGGAAAUGACCCUGUGACCGUCAGAAAGUGAGGGGGAAAAUAAGGACAGGAUGGCAGUUGCAUUCCUCUUCUGCUGAUUAAAAGUAAAUCAAUCAAUCAAUCAAUCCCCUGGUUGUAACAGAUUCACAGGAGUGAAGGAAGACCAAUGCUGCUUUAAGGCUUUUAGUGAACAUCUGAAGUGCCCACAAGUAUGUUCUUUUCACUGCUCUUUCUUUUUGACAGAUAACACUGGUUUCAUUUUGACCAAACUUUCAUUAGGACAGAGUCAAGUACACUAAGAACAAAAUGAAAGAAGGAAAGAUGGUGCCAUUUUGACAAUCUGAUAGGAAGGUGUGAGAAAGGUGGAAUGGAAAUACGUCCGAUACUUUAAGACUGUCCUCAAUAGCUGAUGCUGACUUUACUGUUUACGUAUAAACCCCAAGAAAAACAGGGUUGAAUAAUUCUGAUCUGUGGUGGAUUUCCAGCAGUCACCACAGGCUUCUACUGAAAGUCAUAAAAAGAGUUCUUGUAGUAGUCCAAGUGACACCAAACAUUAACAUUCAUUUGUGGUAAACAUUUAUGUACAAAGUUAUCUGCCACAA